AUGAAAUCGAAAGAGCCUACCGUCUACUUUGGGCAUCCCUUCCAAUUUUGGAGGAAGAGAGAACGACUCAAACUUCUUCUAUCCAAAGAACAAGAGGAAUAUAUCCAAGAACUAGCUACGAUACAGGCUGUAGAAAAGUGUAAAGUAUGCAGAGAAAAAGAGAAUAAAGUAGAAGAUUAUGAGAAAGAGUUAGAGUUAGAGAAGAUUCGAGAAUGUCAGAAGGCCUUGGAAAGAGAGAAGAUAGCAAAAGGAAUGCAGUACACAAAAGAAGAUGAGAUUCGACUGAGAGAGAUGCAGAAGAAGCAAAUGGAAGAGAAGAGAAGGAUAGAAGAACAACAACAAGAGAUAGAGAAUAUGUGGCAGCAGGUUUUGGUGGAAGAUGUUAGGAGAAAGGAACAAAGAGAACGGGAAGAAUUCAAAAGAAUACAGAAAGAGAUGGCAGAACGAAGAAGAGUUUACGACGAACAAAUAGCGAGCGCUAAUAGAAAGAGACAGGAAGCUAUCCAGCAGGAAAGAGAGAAAGAGAACGGAAGACUUGAAAGAAUAAGAAAGAAGAUGGAGCAGGACCAUUAUGAAGCAAUAAGAAGAAAGAAAGAGCAGCAGAUGACGAACAAAACCAACUACAUAGAAGGUCACAGAGAUAAAAUAACCAGGAUUCGGAGUGAGAAGAGAACAGACAGAGAAAUGGACAGUAACACCAUCAGAGUAGCGCUUGAAGAACUGCGAAAAGAGAAGCAGAAAGAAAGAGAUGGCAUGAAAAAGCUUCAAAUAGAAAAGCAGAUAUUCACAGAAUAUUACAACCGCGAAAGAAGAAUGGCGGUUAGGUUAGAAGAGGACGCAGACAGGAUUGCCCAGGAGUGGAAGCGAGAGGAGGAAACCAGGGUUGAUGAGUACCAGAGAAAGAUAGCUGCUGAGAAGCAAUUGAACAAAGAGAAAGCAGCAGAAGAAUACAGAAGAUAUAUGGAACAGAGAAAGCAAGAGUUAGAAAGAGAGCGACACGAGAGAGCGGCAAAAAUGGAGAGAGUGAAAAGGACAGCUGUCAGAGAGCUGCAGAGGAAAUUAGAUAGUGCCAAUGAUGAACUGAGAAGACAGAUUGACUAUAGAAACGGGUUGACCAAUCAGAUUAGAGAGAAUCAGAGAGUUUUGGAGACAGAAUUGAAUGCGAUGGAAAUCAAACAGCGUCCGUUUACCAAGAAACCUGAGAUGUUCAAAGAUGCCAUGGAGAAGAUCGAUAAGUCUCCUUGUAGAGAUAGGUAA